CCGCUCCUCCCGGCGCUGUCAUUCUCCGCGGCGCGGCGCCCGGUGCGGACUGCGGCGCCCGCGGCCCCGCGCCCGCCCCCUGCCCGCCCCUCGCCCGCCCGGGCCUCCCGGCCGCCCGGCGAGCUCGCGAUGUGACGAGCCUGGCAGCGGGCAGGCGGCCCUGCGAGCAGCAGCCGCGCUUCAGCUUCUGUCCGGCCGCGUCCCCCGCGGAGGAGCCGCGAUCCCCUCGGAGCAGGAGACGCCGCACACCCGGGGCUCGGAGCGCGCCCCCCGGGCCCGGUGCCGCCGCCGCCGCCGGGCCCCGCGGAGCCGAGGCGGCGGGUGCGGAGCGGGGCGGCCGGCCGCGCAGCCCAGCGCGGUCCCCGGGAAGGCGCCCGCUCGCCGCGGCCCCGCGAGUUGACUGCAGUUUCCGAAGUUGGAGGGCGCCGUGCGGAGGCGAGGCCAGCAAGGAAGAGGGGGCUCUCACCGCAUUUCAGAGCCAAGGCGCUGCCGGCUGCGAAGAGUUGCAGAGACACGGUUUUCUCCAAGGUUGGUCUCCGCGGCGGGCGCCGCCCUCGGCCCUGAUGCCAUCGGGUCCGGAGGACUGACGGACGGGCCCGCCGGCGCCACCUCCGGCUCCCGCCAUGGGGCCCUCCGGGAGCCUGCUGGGCGGACACCUGCAGGUCGUGCUGUGGGGAAGUCUGGCAGCUGCCGCCACCUUCUUCCUCGUCACCUUCCUCGUCUUCCUGUGCUCCAGCUGUCACAGAGAAAAGAAGCCGAGACAGUACAGUGGAGACCAUGAGAACCUGAUGAACGUGCCUUCGGACAAGGAGGUGUUCAGCCGCUCGGUGACCAGCCUGGCCACGGACGCGCUCCUCAGCAGCGACCAGAACGGCGCCCUCACCAACGGGGACAUCGCCUCGGAAGGCAGUGCCGGGACCUGCACGCAGCACUACGAGGAGGUGCUGGCCGCGGCCCCCGACCCGCCGGACGCCCAGGACGGCCCGGGCAGGCCCAGGGGCCACCAGAGCCGGGAGCUGCCCCGGAUCCCCCCGGACGGCGCCGGGAGCGGGGACGGGGACGCGGGCCCGGGGGCCGAGGGGCCCUACGAGGUGCUCAAGGACAGCUCGUCGCAGGAGAACAUGGUGGAGGACUGCCUGUAUGAGACCGUGAAGGAGCUCAAGGAGGCGGCCGUGCCCGCGGGCAAGGGCCCCGGCGGCCGGGCCAGGGCGGGCCCCGCGCCCCAGGAGCCGCCGGCGCCCCCCGCCCCGGGCGGCGCGGACUUCGCCGAGUACGCCUCGGUGGACAGGAACAAGAAGUGCCGGCAGAGCGUGGACGCGGACGCCGUCCUGGGCCCCGCCCUGGAGGCCGAGGAGGAGGCCCCGCCGCCCGUGCCCGCGAAGCUCCUGGACGAGAACGAGAACCUGCAGGCGCAGGACGGGCGGGCCGCGGAGGGGAGCCGAGAGGCCAGCAAGAGGCUCAGUGCCCUGUCCUACAAGUCCCGCGAGGAGGACCCCACGCUCACGGACGAGGAGAUCUCGGCCAUGUACUCCUCCGUCAAUAAACCGGGGCAGUCGCUCAGAGCGCCCGAGUCCGGCGGCACCUGCAGCCCCGGAGCCGCCCGGAGGUCCCCGUCCUGCAACGACCUCUACGCGACCGUCAAAGACUUCGAGCAGCCGCCCGGCGGCGCGGCCACCCUGGGCCCGGCAGCCAGGCCCCGGGAGCCCGAGCCCGACUACGAGGCCAUCCAGGCUCUGAGCAGAGAGGACGAGAAGGCCCCCCCGGAGUCCCGCGGCCUGCCCGGCCCCGUCCCGAAGGAGAGCGACUACGAGAGCAUCGGGGACUUGCAGCAGUGCCGGGGGGACGUCACCAGGCUCUAGCCGCCCGGGCGGGGGCCGGGACAGGGCACCAGGCUGUCCCCUCCGGGGGGACGUCCGUCACCA